CUUUUGGGCAAAGGAAUUUAUAUUUGAUUUUCAAUAGAAAGAAACAAAACUCAUGGUACAGAAAAUCGAUUGGAAACAGGCUAAGAAAGCCAUCGAUGCCUUAUAUACAUUCAACGAAUCAAAGCAAUCCAACGAUUUACUUGACAGUGAUGAAGAAAGUGGCAUCUAUAUUCAAAUCACAACACAUAAAAUAAUGAACAAAGAAACUACAAAGAAAAAAAAGAUUGCCUUACCUUGUAAGCCUUUCAAAGACGAUUUAGAAAUCUGUUACUUUACCAAAGAAAAUACAAAGGAUGUCGAAGAGAAAGUUAAGGAUACCCCUAUCAAGAAGGUCAUCAACACGAGAGAAUUAGCUACAGUAUACAAGUCAUUCGAAUCAAGAAGAAAAUUAUUAAACUCUUACGAUUUAUUUAUGGUGGAUGAUCGAAUUGUACAUUUGAUGCCACCUUUACUUGGCAAGAAGUUCUUUGAAAGAAACAAGACGCCUAUUGCUUUAAAGCCCACUGGCUCUUUUAAAAAUCAUAUCGAAGCAGCAUUGAAUGCUACCUAUGUCAAGCAUUCACUUGUUGGCGGAUGGGGUUUAUCCCUAUUAGACUUGUUUAUAUUGGUAAUUUUGGCAUGUCCAAGGAAGACGUAUUAAAAAAUUAUAAAGCAGCUGUACCGGAAAUUGUUAACAUUUGUGCUCACGAAUGGGACCAAGUACAGAUGCUGGGCUUGAAAUCCAGCUCCUCACCCGUCCUUCCAGUCUAUGCAGCCUUCCCUUCUGAGGCUACAGUGAGCAAGGAGGAAAAGACCAAGGAGGAAAAGACCAAGGAGAAGCCAACCAAGGAGAAGCAAGCCAAGGAGGAGGAAAAGCCCAAGGAAAAGCCAGCCAAGAAGGAAGAGAAACCCAAGGCAAAGUUAGCCAAGAAGAAGCUAGUGAAGAAGGCUAAAAAGAAUUAGACUUUUGUUGUAAUUUAUGUCAGUAUAUACGUAUCAAUAAAAAAAAAAAAAAAAAAAAAAA